AUGGCCGCGUCUACCCUGUCCGUCUGCUCCAACGAUCUGAGCUACGGCAGCCGCGUCUGCCUGCCCGGGUCCUGGGACUCCUGCCCCGACUCCUCCUGGCAGGUGGACAAUUGCCAAGAGAGCUGCUGCGAGCCCCCCUGCUGCACCCCCAGCUGUUGCCAGUCCAGCGGCUGCACCCCGGCCUCCUGCCUGACCCUCAUCUGCACCCCCGUGAGCUGCGGGUCCAGCCCCUGCCAAUCAGCCUGCACCAGCUCCUGCCGGCCCUCCUGCUGCAGCUCCUCCCCCUGCCAGGAGGCCUGCGGCGCGUCCGUCUGCUGCAAGCCCGUCGGCUGCACCCCUGUCUGCUGCAAGCCCGUCUGCUGCACCCCUGUCUGCUGCAAGCCCGUCUGCUGCACCCCUGUCUGCUGCCAGGCCUCCCCCUGCUUGGCCACCUCAUGCUGCCAACAGUCUAGCUGCCAGCCCUCCUGCUGCAGCUCCUCCCCCUGCCAGGAAGGCUGCAGUGCGUCCAUCUGUUGCACCCCUGUCUGCUGCAAGCCCGUCGGCUGCACCCCUGUCUGCUGUGAGACCUCCCCCUGCUCAGCCCCCUCCUGCUGCCGGCCCAGCCCCUGCUCCUCGUCCUGCUGCAGACCCUCCUCCUGCGUGUCCCUGCUCUGCUGGCCCGUGUGCAGCCCCGCCUGCUGCGUGCCCAGCUCCUUCUGCCAGCCCAGCUGCUGCCGCCAGGCCUCCUGUGUGUCCCUGCUCUGCCGACCCGUGGGCCCCCACCAAGCCUGCUGUGUGCCCACCUCGGCCCAGAAGUCCUGCUGCUGA